AUGAGGUUUUCUAGCAUCGUGGCUGGCACGGCCAUCGUUGGUGGCUCCUUGGUGUCCGCGCUUGAUCGGCUUGAAAUCAAGGGAACCAAAUUUUUCUACAAAAAUGGUACAGAGUUUUUCAUGAAGGGAAUUGCAUACCAACAGGAGUACGCUGCUGCGGGGACUGGGUCUACCAACAAAGAUGGCAGCUAUAAGGAUCCUUUGGCAGAUGUGACGGCGUGCAAACGAGAUAUUCCCCUCAUGCAGGAGUUGCGAACAAACACCAUUCGAGUCUAUGCCAUUGACCCCACAAAGGACCACAAGGAAUGCAUGAAAAUGCUUGACGACGCUGGUAUCUACGUCGUUGCCGACCUCGGUGAGCCCAAAACAUCUAUCAACCGUGACUCGCCUACGUGGGAUGAGGCUCUCUACACCCGCUACACUGGUGUCAUCGAUGAACUUGCCAAAUAUCCGAACGUUAUUGGUUUCUUUUCCGGGAAUGAGGUUACCAACAACAGGAGCAACACCGUGGCGAGUGCCUUCGUCAAAGCUGCAACCCGUGACAUGAAGGCCUACAUCAAAUCUAAAGGUUAUGCCAAUUUGGGCGUCGGAUAUGCCACUAAUGACGAUGCUGAGAUUCGCGAUGACAUGACGGACUACUUCAACUGCAAUUCCAGGGAUGAAAGCAUCGAUUUCUGGGGCUACAACAUCUACUCGUGGUGCGGAGAUUCUAGUUUUACGAAAGCCGGCUAUGAUAAGGUCGUUCGGGAUUUCCAAAACUUCAGUGUUCCUGUAUUUUUUGCUGAGUACGGUUGUAAUGAAGUGCAACCUCGCAAAUUUACCGAAGUCGGAGCUAUUUAUGGCUCUCAGAUGACAGAUGUUCUUAGCGGAGGCAUCGUUUACAUGUAUUUCCAGGAAGCAAACAACUACGGUUUGGUGGAGGUUCAAAAUGGCCAAGCGAAAAAGAAGGAUGACUUCAAAUAUCUCGCCGACCAGAUGAAAAAGAUUGACCCUAAGAGGGCUACCAAAGAUUCGUACCAGCCUAGUAACGGCGGUCUUCGAACCUGCCCAAAUACCCAAGUUUGGAAACUAAGCAAAACCCUCCCACCAACACCAAACAAGGAGCUCUGCGGCUGCAUGACCAAGAGUUUAGCAUGUGUUGCCAACGAUAAUAUCAGCGACAAGGACAUCGCCAAACUCUUUGGCACUGUGUGCGGAUUGAGCAAGACCGCAUGUGCAGGAAUCGCUACUGAUGCUAUCAAGGGAGCUUACGGAGCGUACAGCAUGUGCAAUCCCAAGGAGCAACUUUCGUUCGCCAUGAACGCUUACUUCCAGGAGCAAUCGGGCAAGGGUAACGGCCAAAACGCUUGUGACUUUGGCGGCAAUGCCCGCAAACAAUCUCCCGUCUCACCCUCUGGCAACUGCGACUCCUUGAUCAAGCAAGCCGGCAAGGACGGAACAGGCAGCGUUACUUCCUCGCCAAACGCCAGCGGCUCGAAGUCGGCCGCCUCCCCAAUGACUAUUCCUUCUUUCAAUUUCAACAUCCUCCACAUCGGUGCUUAUCUCUUCUGCGCAAUCAUUGCUGGUGCUGGUACGGUCUUGUUGUAA